GUCUCAUCUGGGUGUCACUGGAACUCCAGUAACCAGACAUGUACCUGGAAUCAUGGGUCUGCACCACAGGUGCACAUAGAGGAUAUGUGUAAACAACUAACUGCUAGGAAGAACUACACACCAGAGAUCAUUUCUCUGUGGCCUAGUCAGGUCUCUUUUCAUGGCAAAAACAAUGCAGUGAUGAAGGGGAAAAAUCUGGAACAAGUUGUGAAAAUUCUCCUCCAAGGAAUCAUGGCCUGCAAUUCAAAGGAGAUUCCUGUGUUAGAAUGCUCCACUGACACUCUGAGGUUCCACAUUCCAAAUGGAAAUAAAGGAGCUGUCAGGGUGUGUGUGGUGACAGCAGACGGAAGUUGUCAUAGCAACGCCACCAUCACCUAUGGCUCCCAGCCUACGUGUACUGGACUGCAGCCUAGAAUCACAUGGGCCAGUGGUGAGCGGCAGAUUCAUGUGCUGGGGACCAAUUUGGAGUAUGCAGAGGCAGUCACUGUUCAUUUAUCGUCCAAAGAGAUCAUACUCAACUCGGCCAACAAGUCCUUUUGGUUCCACUCUGACAUUAUGAGAGAAUACCAGGCACCAGGGCCAUUCAGUGUAUCACUCAGAGUGGGAAACAUAACAGUGCCCUGCGCAGAAACUCUCUACUACCUCCCAGAUCCAGAAUUCACCAGCUUUGGCACAUCUCUGGAUGACAAUGAUGUGCUCAUCACCAUACAGAAAAAUGAAGACAGGUUGAAUUUAAGUAUGAAGGAGGUGAAUGUGUUAGGGCUGCAGAAAGAGGAGCCGUUUCCGUGUUUGAUACUAGAGAUUAAGUCCACUGCUGUCCUUUGUAAGAUUGUUGGAGGAAAGGCAGUCAGCGUGGACUCACUGAGGAUUGAGUUUGGCAGUAUUAAAAAAACUCUACAGAUGAAAACAUUUGUACAUAAAAUACAUUUGUACAUACUUAUCAUAUUAAUCGUUUUGAUUCUUCUUGGUGCUAUUGCAGGAGGCUUGGCUGUGCAUCAUCUUUGGGGCAGAGAGACUGCCCAGCAGGGGAGGGAUGACCCUGCAGAAAGACAGCCUGGGUGAUCUAUAGAGUAACUCAACUUGGUUGCAUCUUUGCAUCUGACAUUGAGCCAUAUUGCCGAAAAGCAAAUCAUACAUCACUGAAGAACAAGACGUGUGUUGAAGGCCAGUUUGGGACUGUUUUUUGUUUUUUUACAUUUCUGUGCAAUUGAGCAAUAAAGGGAGAGGGAGGUUGUGAGAAGUGUUCUUGUUUAAGAGGACUGUGACUAGGGAAAAAGGAGCUGUUCAGGUGCUGACUGGUGUGGUAUCUCAGGACUCUUAUCCUCAGUUUCUUCUGGGAGGGGAACCAUUGGAAGAGAGAGUAGUUGGGGUGUGAGGGGUUGGCCAUCAUGUUUCUCGCUCUCCUCUUUACCCUUGAUGAGUAAGGGUGAGAAGAUGACAAAGAUUAAUAGUCUUCUCUGCACUUCUCUGUCUCGCACUCUCUCUGUCUCUCUCAUUUUUAUAUAUAUAUAUAUAU